AUGGCCAUUCCGGAAACGCUUCAAAUUGCCUCGCCUUCGGGCAAGACGCUGACGGUGCCCACGGGGCUGUUCAUCAACAACAAAUUUGUGCCUUCUGUCGAUGGCGAGACGCUGGAAACCAUCAACCCAGCCACCGGUAAAUCGCUCGGUUUCGUCUCUGCGGCUACUGCUUCUGACGUCGACAUUGCCGUCUCUUCCGCCCGCACCGCCUUCAACACUACCUGGGGUCGCAACUCGUCGCCCACGCAACGUGCUUCGAUUCUCUUCAAACUCGCCGAUCUUCUCGAGCAACACGCUGUCGAGCUCUCGGAGCUUGAAUCGCUCGACAACGGAAAGCCACGAUGGAUCGCCGAGACCAUGGAUAUCGCCGAUACCGCGGGCUGCUUCCGUUAUUACGCUGGUCUCGCUGAUAAGAUCGAAGGCAAGACGAUCGAGCAGAAGGAGGGAGAAAAACUGGCUUUCACCAAGUUGGAACCGUUGGGAGUGUGUGGUCAGAUCAUCCCCUGGAACUACCCCAUCGGUAUGUUGGGCUGGAAGGUGGCUCCGGCACUUGCUGCGGGCAACUGUAUCGUGCUGAAACCGGCCGAACAGACGCCGCUUUCCGCGCUCAGAAUUGCGCAGCUCAGUGUAGAGGCGGGCUUGCCAGAGGGUGUAUUCAACGUUGUUAAUGGUCUUGGACCGAUUGUAGGAGACGCCAUCACAGGUCACAUGGAUGUCGACAAGGUCGCGUUUACCGGUUCUACCGCGAUCGGCAAGCGCGUCAUGGAGCGAGCUGCACGAUCCAACCUGAAGAAAGUGACGUUGGAGUUGGGUGGUAAAUCGCCCGUUGUUGUAUUUGACGAUGCCGAUCUCGACCAGGCUGUCAACUGGGCAGCGCUCGGAAUCCUCUUCAACCAGGGACAGGAUUGCACUGCCGGCUCGCGUCUCUUUGUGCAAGAGGGCAUUUAUGACAAGUUCUUGCCUAAACUGGUCGCUGCCUUCCGCGCGCACACCAUCGGCGAUCCCUUCUCCAACUCGACUUUCCAAGGCCCUCAAAUUACACAACGACACCAGCAGCGUAUUCUCGACUAUAUCGAGUCUGGAAAACAGCAAGGCGCGACUGUCGAAGUCGGCGGUGGUGCCUGGACUGACGGCCAGGGCGAGUUCGCAAACGGAUUUUACGUCCAACCUACGAUCUUCUCCGGUUGCAAGAAGGGCAUGAAGAUUGUCGAUGAGGAAAUUUUCGGUCCGGUACUGGCAGUGGCCAAGUUCAAGACCGAGCAAGAGGCGGUGCAGUUGGCCAACGAUACAUCGUACGGUUUGGGCGCCGGCGUGUUCAGUAGCAACGCGAGUACGUGCAUGCGCGUCGCUAGUGCCAUUCAGGCAGGCACAGUGUGGGUCAACAAUUAUGUGGUCGUCAGCAACGCCGUUCCGUUUGGCGGCUUCAAGACGAGCGGUAUCGGAAGGGAGUUGGGUGUGGAUGCCAUCAAGGAGUACACCCAGGUCAAGAGCAUCCACUGGAACUACGGCGAGUCGCUGGAAUGGCCACUCACGGGCUAG